ACGGUGUGACACUCUGCUCUGGAUCGGAAAGGUAUUGAUCGGUCUUUAGGAUUCCCAUAUACUCGGUGGCUUCUUGGACCAGCAUGGUUUCCCAGACAGCUGCCGACGUUCUAAGCCCCAUACGAGAUAUCUAUGAGGUACUGCCGGUUCGAUCCUGCAAUUGGGCAGCAACUGACCCAUUUAGGCCUUCACGAUUUACACCUUCUUCCAGUUGUUGAUCAACUACCUCAGCGGCGAGCGAGCCCUCAUCAUCAUGACACACGGCCGAGAGCCCGUUGAUCACCUUUGGCCACUCAACCAUGUCCUGCCGCGAGUCGACAUCUCCGAUCCCCACACUUUCCUUGCCAUCAAACGCGGCAUCUUGCAAUAUGCGUGGCUGAAACCGAUUCUUGCACUGGCGACCAUCAUCAUGAGAGCUACGGGCACUUAUCAGGAGGGCUAUAUCGGGCUGAAAUCGGGCUAUUUCUGGAGCGGCAUCAUUUACAAUAUCAGCGUCACCGUCAGCCUCUAUUCCCUGGGGUUGUUUUGGGUUUGCAUGCAUAAUGACCUCAAGCCUUUCCGGCCGGUUCCCAAAUUCCUCUCCAUCAAGCUCAUCAUAUUUGCUUCCUACUGGCAGGGCUUCCUCCUGUCGAUCCUGGUCUGGCUGGGCGCCAUACCGGAUCAAGUCGAGGGCUAUACUCCGGACAACCUCGCCGCAGCCAUCCAAGAUUUCUUGAUUUGCAUCGAGAUGCCCGGUUUUGCCAUUGCUCAUUGGUAUGCCUUCUCCUGGCAUGAUUUCGCAGACAAUGGGAUUGCAUCGGCAAGAAUGCCCGUCUUUUAUGCAGCCAGGGACGCCUUCGGGAUCCGUGAUCUCAUUCAGGACUCCAAGGAGACGUUUUCGGGGGACAAAUAUGGCUACCGCAUCUUCGACUCGGGAGACAAAAUCAUGGCUCACGAAGCCUCUCGGUCACGGCUUGCGCGGAUCAAGGAGGGAAUGCGAUACGAGCGAGGCGGCAAGGGAAAAUACUGGUUACCGAGGCCGGAAGAGAUCAACCAGACAACACCUCUCUUGGGCGCCAGUGGCGAGGCAAGCAGAAGGAACGGGUCUCUAUCUCCUCACACCAACAGCCUUGAGGAGCCUGUGCUCGACCCUGAGGAAGAGCGCCUGUACGAGAGUGCCCGGAAGCUCGAGUACGGGGACUGGAAUGUGAGUGGCCAGUGAUGGCUUGAUAUAGAUCCCCUGGUCAGCUCACUAACGGCAUCCGCAUCAGUACCCGGUCAUCACGGCGAGCGAGCCAGCAAGCGCGCGGU